GCAUACUUUAUUUCCAGGUCCUGGAUGCCCACAUCCAAUGAAUGGAACAAAUGCAAUCCAUGAUUAUACUAAUGGCUUACCAGUGACAGUAGACACACUUGUCAACUAUACCUGUAAUGCUGGAAAUCUCAUGGAUGAUGGAACAACAAUUAAGACAAUUAAGUGUCUGAAGACUGGACUUUAUGACAGUGGUCCAGCUAAUUGUCAACCUGGGUGUCCAAUACCUAUGGAUGAUGAUGUGAACCGUCAACAUAAUUACCAGGGAGACGAUCCUGUGCCUGUUGGUACAUUCAUUACAUUUACUUGUAAAAAGCCAUUCUUUGAUGCCUCUGGAGUGAAGGAGAAGACCAUUGAAUGUUUGCCCGAUGGCACAUACGAUGACACCCCUCCACAGUGUGAUCAACCUGGCUGUGAUUUGCCAAUGGAUGGUUCCAGAGCAUCGAACAACUAUCCAGGUGUCAGUGCCCCGGUAGACAUUGAUACACAAGUAACCUACACUUGUAACAGCGGCUACACUAUGGCUGAUGGAUCUACAACAAAAACAAUAACUUGCUUGGAUACUGGCAAUUAUGAUUCCGGACCUGCAAUGUGUGAUACACAACCUGGGUGUCCAAUACCUAUGGAUGAUGAUGUGAACCGUCAACAUAAUUACCAGGGAGACGAUCCUGUGCCUGUUGGUACAUUCAUUACAUUUACUUGUAAAAAGCCAUUCUUUGAUGCCUCUGGAGUGAAGGAGAAGACCAUUGAAUGUUUGCCCGAUGGCACAUACGACGACACCCCACCGCAGUGUGAUCAACCUGGCUGUGAUUUGCCAAUGGAUGGUUCCAGAGCAUCGAACAACUACCCAGGUGUCAGUGCCCCAGUAGACUUUGGUAUACAAGUAACCUACACUUGUAACAGCGGCUACACUAUGGCUGAUGGAUCUACAACAAAAACAAUAACUUGCUUGGAUACUGGCAAUUAUGAUUCCGGACCUGCAAUGUGUGAUACACAACCUGGGUGUCCAAUACCUAUGGAUGAUGAUGUGAAUCGUCAACAUAAUUACCAGGGAGACGAUCCUGUGCCUGUUGGUACAUUCAUUACAUUUACUUGUAGAAUGCCAUUCUUUGAUGUCUCUGGAGUGAAGGAGAAGACCAUCGAAUGUUUGCCCGAUGGCACUUAUGACGACACCCCUCCACAGUGUGAUCAACCUGGCUGUGAUUUGCCAAUGGAUGGUUCCAGAGCAUCGAACAACUACCCAGGUGUCAGUGCCCCGGUAGACAUUGAUACACAAGUAACCUACACUUGUAACAGCGGCUACACUAUGGCUGAUGGAUCUACAACAAAAACAAUAACUUGUUUGGAUACUGGCAAUUAUGAUUCCGGACCUGCAAUGUGUGAUACACAGCCUGGGUGUCCAAUACCAAUGGAUGAUGAUGUGAAUCGUCAACAUAAUUACCAGGGAGACGAUCCUGUGCCUGUUGGUACAUUCAUUACAUUUACUUGUAGAAUGCCAUUCUUUGAUGUCUCUGGAGUGAAGGAGAAGACCAUUGAAUGUUUGCCCGAUGGCACUUACGACGACACCCCACCGCAGUGUGAUCAACCUGGCUGUGAUUUGCCGAUGGAUGGUUCCAGAGCAUCGAACAACUACCCAGGUGUCAUUGCCCCAGUAGACUUUGGUACACAAGUAAUCUACAAUUGUAACAGCGGCUACACUAUGGCUGAUGGAUCUACAACAAAAACAAUCACUUGCUUGGAUGCUGGCAAUUAUGAUUCCGGACCUGCAAUGUGUGAUACACGUGAGUCAGGGUUUUAUGAUUGUGUUUGUUUUAAUGCUUUGUGGCUUAAUUAAGGGAAUUAUGAUUCA